AAAAUAAAUCCUUAUUCUAUACAGAAAUAGAAAGUCAAAAUCUAUACAGAUUAAAAAAAAAGACAUUUUGGUUGAAAAUUUAAAUUACAUAUACCCAUGAAGAUCAGUUGAUAUCGUUGAAUCUAUGAGAAAAAUGAUAAAAUAGCAUGAAGAAUAUUCUUUUAAAGUUUUUAAAGAUUUUCGUGUUUAUUAAAGUUUUUUCGUGAUAUUAGAUAAAGAUCUACUACUAUUUGUUUCAAAACAAAAUGGAAGUGGAAAAUUUCUACGGGUGUUAUUUAUUGUAUUCUUUAAAUGAAAAAUAUAAAGGAAGAACUUACAUCGGUUUUACAGUGGAUCCAAAUCGCCGAAUCCAACAACACAAUAAAGGAAUGAAAGCGGGUGGUGCUUUUAAAACAAAUGAUAAAGGACCAUGGGACAUGGUACUUGUAGUACAUGGAUUUCCUACUGAUGUUUCUGCUCUUCGAUUUGAAUGGGCUUGGCAAAACCCUGAUAAAUCCAGAAGAUUGAAGCAUGUAGCUAAGAAAGUCCCUCGAGAAAGUGCUCUGAAAUAUAGAUUUCGUGUUAUGUCUGAAAUGUUAAGAGUUGGUCCCUGGAACAGAUUACCUUUGGCUGUGCAGUGGCUGGAUAUAAACUACAAGCAAGAAUUUGAUGUUUCUAAAUUACCUCCAUUACACAUACCAAUAUGCAUUGGUCCAAUUCAGCCACGAAAAGUAAAAAAGACAGGCACUGAGUGCGAAACUGAUGAAGACGUGAAUUUGAAAUUUUGUUACAUCUGUGAUAAUAUUGUAACUAAAGAUGAUAAACAGUUUAUAUGCUUUAAUUCUAAUUGCUUGCAGAUAUUUCACAUUCUUUGUUUAGGACGGAAUUUUCAGUCUUGUACAAAAGAAAAAUUCCUCCUUCCCGUUGAAGGUUUGUGUCCUAAUUGUAAGACAUCAACUUUAUGGGGUGAUGUAGUGAGGUAUUCAUCAGGAUGUUAUCGUGAUACUAAUUCUGCAUCUUAAGUUACAUAAAUUGUACUGUGCAAGUAAGUAGUUUACUUAAUCAUUAAAAUUGUUUUACUGGUGUAUAGAUUUGUUUAUUUUUCUUGCACUCCCUAAUGUGCAUUUAUUUUGACUGACAUGCUGAAAUUAAUCUGAUUAAUCUAGCAACUAAGUCAUGAAGUAUCAAAAGUGACUAAAGGUUAAGCACAAAUUUUCCAUUAAGCUGUUCUUUAUAUAGAUACAUACAAAAUGGCAGGCUUUGAGUUUUUCUAAAACCAUUUAGUAUUUUGAAACUUAAGUGUCAGUGCAACUAUUUAGUUUAUAUAAAUAUGCAAUUUACUCUUUAAAGGGUAAUUUGUUUUGACAAUUUUUCUGUUCAUUAGAAAAGUUAAUUUAACAAAUUUCACUGAAUUAAUAUUGCUCUAAUUAACUCUUAAUAAGGUUUACUUGGAUAUAAAUUAUAAGAUAAAGUCUCAAAAAUUUAACAUAUUUCUGAAUGUUAAUAUUGUGUACAUGCAGUAGGCUAACUAGAAAAUCUGGCUCUUUGCAAAUUGCCUACUUUAUUUCUGAGGCUUAUUGUAGUGAGACUUGUAGGUGUUUUACAAAGUAACUUUGAGUUUGCUAAGUGUUAAAUUUCCAAUUAAUCUUUAAAAGUUCAGUUUUUUUAAAUAGUUUAAAAUUGGUAAUACAUCUUGUAAUAACGUUGAUAUUUGUAUUUUGCAUAGUUUUUUUCAUCAAAUUUUUCUGUGUAGCAAUACAAAAAAAACUGUGAUAUAUUAUUUUUUAUAUGUUAAAUUUUAUUUUUAAUUACAUGUAAGUGAAUGGUAUAUCCAUAUUAUGCGCAUGUUUAUAAUAUUAUAUUUUGAAGAAACUUUUUAUUUUAUUGCAAAUUUAACAUGCUUUUAUUAUGAGAGCUUUUGGUCCUUGGCUGAUUAGUGUGAUAAAAAAAUAUUUUUAUCUAGAAAGGUCUGUGACGGAUAACAGCCCACAAAAUACACUAAAAACAGCUAGUAAUAUGAAGUGAUAUGAAUAUGUAUAAAGGAUUUGUGCCAUUUUAUGAUUUAUCAUGGUUCCAACCCAUUUAUGUUUAGUUACUUUUUAAAAGGACAAUUAUUCUAUUCAUAGUUAGAUAAUACAGACGCAUGCUGUGCGCGAAUAUAUUAGUGAUGAUUCUCAAUUUUGCAGAUACUUUUUUUUAAAAAAAAUAUUUAUUGUGAUAUAAAAAAAAGUAUCUGCCCUCGCAAAAAAAAAAUUUAUAGUGGGGGGAGAAAGAAAAUGCAAAGCAGAUUGAAUAAUCAUGAUUUAAAAAAGAAAGUCAGUGUUUAGUUGUAUGUUUGCUGCUCCCAAAGAGAAAAGAUAUAACUGCCACUUUAGCCCAAAGAUUAACAAUCCCAUCGUUGAUGGUUGAGCUUACAAUCAGCUGAUUUUUUACAACUAAAAUAAACGAUUGCGAUGACAGUAGGAAAUCUUUUAAUGUAAUUUCGUUUAGAGCGAAAUUACUAACAUUACUUAAUUUGAUAAUUACUUCAUAUGAAUGUAUUAAUAAUUUCCAUGUAUAACUCUAAUGUUCAAUAACAUGCAUGUGAUGUGCAUAUUUUUUUGCCAAGAAUAAAUAAAAUUAUUUAAACGGUU